AAUCUUCUUAUAUGUAGUUCGGCUGAAAUAGACUGGGCUCAAUCCUCAGGCCGACUGAUCGAAAAGGUUGAAGAUGAAAUUGAUAACAAUGAAGAUCUACUUCCAAUGAUUAGACCAAAAAGAAGGCUCCUAUUAACGACACAGCUUAUGCAGCAAGUUUUUCGACCCCGUCAGCCGCAGUUCUCUCACUUGAUGCGAGUUCCAACUAUGAAGUUAUUAUGUACUCUCUUGCAAGAUCAGUAUUAGGGAGUAUUUGGAGUAUACCAAGGGGCAAGAAACCAUGAGGAAUUGCACAAUUUAAUGAAAGCAACACUCAUGAUAUGCAGACUUAAGAAGGAUGUUCUUUCUGAGCUUCCUGUAAAAUGCAGGCAGCAGCUGUGUACAAGCGGUCAACUAUGCCUAUCUUUAAAGCUCAUGGGUUGGCACAGUCGUCAAUGUCUGAUUGUGUGUCAGAAACAAUAUCUGCUAUUCGCACGGUGAGGUCCUAUGGUGGGGAAAAGCGCCAAAUGUCAGCAUUCGGUAAUCAGAUUUUCGCAUAUAAGGCUAGCGGCAUUCAGCUGGGCACUUACAAAUCCAUUAAUGAAUCAGUGACCCGAGUUAAAGCGGUUAGUUGUGUUCAUCAACAACCAGUGAUUUUAGGAUCUUUUCUAAGUAUUAUUUUCUUAAUUUUCUGCUCACUCUCAGUUGCACUUUUGGGUGUUUGACUGAUAUGAAUGGAGAUAUUAAAUAAUAGCUUUUAGUUACUGAUGGGAGGAAUAAUUUUACAUGUAAAAUGUGAAAGAUUGUGGGAAAUGGAGUAAUUGUUCUUGGUUUUUAAUGAUAUCCUCUUCCAAAGGAUCUUUCGUAGAUUCAGUUCAUGUUCAAAAGUAGUUUUGUUCAAGGGCAUUCAUUUGCAGGAGCAUAGGUUCCUUCUCCCAGCUAAAGUCUCUAGUUAUUUUAUCAACUUUGUUUCUCAUUAGAUGCUAAAGCCAUUCUCUUGUACUUUGCAAGGGCUUAUUAUUAAAACCAGAGUAUUAAGAAGUGUGACAUUCAUGUUCAGAGAGAACUGUAAUUUUUGUGCGAGAGCAUUGAUUGUCAGGAGUAUAGUUUCUUCUCUUGGAUAAUGUCUGCAGCUCUAUAAUCUAAUUUUCCUUGUUAAAUGCUAAUGUUAGCUGCAGAUAAUUCUAAACUUAAGCACCACAAUAAUCUAGUCAAGUUU